AUGGAAACCCAGUCCGGGGACCGGCAGUCUUCUGCACCCGCGCUGGACGAUUUGCCAAAUGGCAAGCGACGAUGGCGUCGAAAUCGAGUGGCAUGUGAUUCGUGUCAUACUCGGCGCGUUCGAUGCGAUCGGGCCUUCCCCUGCUCCCGGUGUCUGCGCAGUGAUACCCAUUGCGAGUUUACUCGGGAGCGUAGGAAGCGAGGAAGAAUCGCCCGUUCCAAACAAGCAACGGGGCCCAUCACAUCCACCUCUACAUCAAACUAUACUAGAAGGGAAUCGAACGGAGAUCAGAAAGUCAUGCAGCCAGCCUUGUCUCCGAUGCAGCAGAGCUCUCCAGAAUCCUCCUUUCACCCUAGAUCACCAAUGACGAACGAACCGAGUCUCUCUGCACCCAGCGUUGAUGGGCCGCAUCCCGCGCCGAAUGGCCACCGUCCUACCCGAGCGCCGGAAGGGAACAACACAACGGAGGAAUGGUUAUCAGCCGCUCACUUAUCACCAGACUCGUAUGAAAUCCUGGGAGGUGUGAAUGGAGGCGAUGGUCCAUUGCCACGGUUGAUGGAUCUUUGGAACCCAGUUGAUUUAGGUCAUCCUCCACAGCCACACGCCCAAUCCAUGCCGGCGCCGAACGUCCCUGGUCAAAGCUAUAACUCAAGCUCCCGAUCAGGCCUCAAGUACCCUGUGCUAGAACCGGUGAUGCCAUUUCUGGGAUCUAAUUUACCCCGUCGUUUAGUUGGCGAUCUGCUUGAACUUUAUUUCAUGAGUGCCUUUUCGACCCACAUGCAUCCCGUCUGUCACCAUAUACAUUGUUAUGUCCUGCGAAAGGCUUCCUUCUUGAGCACCGACCAUCCUCGGCCGAGUAGCCCAGCCUUAUUAGCAAGUAUGCUUUGGGUCGCUGCCGUCGAUGACCGGGCCUUCUCAUUGUCCAUCUCUCCGCUGCAGCGACGCAAGAUUUGUCAAUUCCUGUGCGCCCUAACGAUACGACUGCUACGGCCGUUGAUCCAUGUUUCAUUCAAAGACCAGGAACCGACUGAGAAUCCGAAUGGCUCGCAGGACUUUGCAGCAGCAGCAGCGCAUCAUCCCUUUGAAGGAGUCGGUGAUGACAAGGGGCUCGUGGGUCCGGCGGGCUCUCUAGAUGAUGUGAUCACGUAUAUACAUGUCGCGUCUAUCAUUUCUUCCAGUGAACAGAAAGCGGCUAGUAUGCGAUGGUGGCAUGCGGCCUUCACCCUCGCUCGAGAGCUGAAAUUAAACCAGGAAAUUGAAGUUGUGCCGAAUAUGGACGGUCAAAGCGAUGGCUCGAGUCCAGCUUUUGGAUAUUCCCUCGGUGGCUGGGCAAGCUCGCCCGGGGGGGCUGCAUUUGACUAUUCCAAUCCAUCACGGCCAACUUUGAACUGUAUUUGCGACGAAGGUCGUAAUCCGCACAACGACUUCACGGUGACAGAAGAGUAUCGUGAAGAGCGACGUCGCACCUGGUGGCUGCUUUAUAUUAUGGAUCGACAUCUUGCGUUAUGUUACAAUCGGCCGCUCGCUCUCCUCGAUGCCGAAAGUGAAGAUUUGCUUCUCCCACUGGACGAGGGUUCCUGGCAGGCCGGGAAUAUUCACAGCAACAGCCCUCGAGCCGACGGGCCUCAGUGUCCUCGAUCUGGUGAUCGCAACAAACGCCGUGUCUUCCCGAACUUUAUCUGUCAUGACCACUCCAUUCUCGGAUUCUUCCUCCCGCUGAUGACUAUCACUGGGGAACUGAUUGAUUUGAAUCAAGCGCGAAACCAUCCCACCCUUGGCCUGCGCCUGCAAGGGAAAGAAGCCUGGGAAGUCCACGUGGCAGAGGUACUUCGGCAACUCGAGAUAUACAAGGCGAGUCUGACCACCUUUGCCGCUGCCACGGCUGUGGACCCCGAAGCAUCUAUUUCGACUGCCUUUACCAAGUUGGAUGAGCCUGUUGACCCAAAGCUAUCCGAAGCUUAUUCGUGGCAUACCCAAACAGUGAUUGCCUACGCAUCUUAUUUGGUUCACGUUCUUCAUAUUCUCCUGGUUGGGAAGUGGGACCCAGUGUCUUUGAUUGAGGACAAAGACUUUUGGACGUCCUCCCCAGCCUUUGCAUCCACCAUCUCGCAUGCGCUGGAAGCCGCCGAUUCUGUGCAGCAGAUAUUGCGGUUCGACGCGGAUAUCAGCUUCAUGCCUUACUUUUUUGGAAUCCAGCUCCUCCAGGGAAGCUUCCUCUUGCUUCUCAUCGUGGAGCGGCUACAGAAGGAAGCCGGGGAAGGCAUUCUCAACGCCUGUGAGACCAUGAUCCGCGCCACGGAAUCAUGUGUGGUCACCCUCAAUACGGAAUAUCAGCGGAGCUUCAGGCAGGUGAUGCGCAGUGCGGUAGCUCAGGCUCGCGGCAGGCCUGUCAAUCCCAGCGAAAUCCGGCAUCGUCGUAAAGCGGUAUUGGCCCUGUAUCGGUGGACGCGUAAAGGGACUGGACUAGCUCUGUGA